AUGCGCAUGCAAAACGCCGAUCAAAACGCCGAUCAGCACGACUCGCUCACCUGCCUGCUCGUGCUCCCUGCACCCGUGACCGCGCUCGUCCUCAGCGCCGCUCCGCGACCCGUGGACGGCGUCCGCUUUGUCGAUGGCGUGAGCCUCGGGCCAGAGGCGGCCGCGCGUGCCGACAGCGUCGUGCUCCACCGAUCGAACUACGACGCGUCGGUCGGCGGCGACGCGGCCGCCGAGGCACGGCUCGCGCUCGUGCGCCGCCUCUCGGCGCAGCUCCCGCUGAUUGGCUCUCUCGAGCGAGUCCUGCUCUUUGCCGACCGGGCGGCGCUCGCCACCCGGCUCGCCGCGCUCGCGCCAUCGCCGCACACGCGCCAGCCCCGCUUCGCCAUCGCCAGGGAGGGCGACGACGCGGCCGCGGUCGCCGCGCGAUCCGGGCUCGAGCCACCCCUCGUGUGCAAGCCCCUCCUCGCGUGCGGCGCGGCGAGGUCGCACGAUCUCGCGGUGGUGCUGCGGCUGGAGGGGCUGGCGGAGCUGGCGCUGCCGCUGCUGCUGCAGGCCUACGUGCCGCACGGCGCCUCCCUGCUCAAGGCGUGCUGCGUCGGAGACACGACGCACUGCGAGCUGCGCCCGUCGCUGCCGGACCUCCGCCUCGGCGCUCCACCGCCCGCGGGCUGCCCGCCCCUCCUGGCGGCCAGCUUGGCGAGGGAGCUCGGCGUCGCGCUGCUCGGGGUGGACCUGAUCGCGCCGCUGGGAGGCGGAGCCCUGCUCGUCAUCGACGUCAACUACAUGCCCGCCACGAGCCUCAAGCUCGCCGGCAGCGGACGCGCGCUCGCCACCCUCGCGCGGAAGACGCUCGAAGAGGCUGCGGGUGAUCGCGGUCGCAGCGCAGAGCGAACCACCGCCGAGCAGCGUACACGGGCGUCAUCAGAGACGGGUGCUGUCAGUGGGGCUGGAGCGGUGUGGUGCGGCGUGGCGAUGGUUGCCCGCAAGAAGGCUGGCGAGGAUGACGCGCGCCAAGUCGUCCACCAGAUGUGCCUACGCUCGCUCAAGCGGACCUACGGCAUGUACCUCAGCAACUACGGGCAGCGGCCGCCGCCGCUCGAGUCGGGGCGCGCUCACAUGCGUGCGCUCAAGCUGGCGGCCAAGGUGGCGGGCGAGUACAGCAUGGUGAAGGACAUGCCUCCGCCCGGCAGCGGGGCCGGACCUGGCUACAACUUCCAGACGCCGGAGACAGUCGCGCAGCCGGGCUCGCUCGAGUCCGAGCGCGGGAUCUACUGCGCCGCCUUCGACCAGUCCGGCUCGCGCCUCAUCACCGGCGAGGCGGACAAGACGGUCAAGAUCUGGAAGGAGGACCCCGAGGCGACGGCAGAGACGCACCCUGUCAACUACGAGCCGCCCCGCGAGCGGAAGCGCUACUGACGCCGCACCGCGCUCGCCAGCCCCUCGGGUGGCGCGGCUCGGCUCGCAGGUUUUACGUCCCAGGCGGGCUAGCCAGGGGCCUGCAGCCGCGAGCCGGCAUGAGGAGCUCACGGCCCCCAGUGCAGCGCCGUCAUGGUCCCGCUGGGUGCCACUGACCGCGCGCCGCCGCCGCACACAUCGCAUGUGUGUGUCCGCAUGCAUCACACUCGCGCCGCAGCUCUGGGUGUGGCGCGUCUUGUGGGAGCUCUCGUGCGCGCGCCCAAACCGCCAUGGGGCCCAGCUCGGACGCAUGAUACAUUGUAGCUACC